GAGGGGAGGGGGGUGUCGGCUCCGCCCGCUCCCGCCGUCCCCGGGAGAUAUUGUCAUGCAAAAGCCCCCGGCGAGCGCAGCCUUUGUCCGCGCUCCCCCCGCCGGUAUAUUAACGGGCCGGGGCGGCGGCGGUGGCGGGGGCGGGCGGGGGCCCGGCGGGCAGGAGGCGGCGGGGACGGGCGGGCGGCAGCCGGGGCCGCACCGGGCUCGCCAUGGACUACUCCUACCUCAACUCCUACGAGUCCUGCGUGGCCGCCAUGGAGGCGAGCUACGAGUUCAGCCCCUGCAGCCAGGCGGGCUCCUUCCAGUACAGCCCCAUGCGGGGGGGCUUCGGGCCUGCGCCCGCCUGCGCCCCCCUCGCCUCCGCCAGCUGCGCCCUGGGUGCCCUUCGCGACCACCAGCCCUCGCCCUACUCGGCAGUUCCCUACAAAUUCUUCUCGGACCCUUCGGGGAUCAACGAGAAGAGGAAGCAGCGGCGGAUCCGGACAACAUUCACCAGCUCCCAGCUGAAGGAGCUGGAGAGGGUCUUUGCCGAGACUCACUACCCCGACAUCUACACCCGCGAGGAGCUGGCCCUCAAGAUCGACCUCACCGAGGCACGGGUGCAGGUGUGGUUCCAGAACCGUCGAGCCAAAUUCCGCAAGCAGGAGCGCGCGGCCAAUGCCAAGGGUGCCGGUGGCACCGGCAGCACCGGGAAGAAGUCGGAGCCACGCUCCUCCUCAGAAGACGACGAAUCCAAGGAAUCCAACUGCAGCCCGACUCCAGACAGCACGGCGUCCCUGCCCGCUGCUGCCAUCGGCAGCCCCGGCGGCAGCCUGAGCCCCAGCCCCGGCGCGGGGGCACCCCUGGGACCCGGCCAUGCCCCCCAGCCCCUCAAGGCACCCCUCUGGGCAGGGGUGGGGGGUGGCAGCGGUGCCCCCAACACGGCCGAGCUGCUGAAGGCCUGGCAGCCCACCGAGGCUGUGCCGGGACCCUUCUCCGGUGUCCUCUCCUCCUUCCAUCGGAAACCAAACGGCAUCAAGACAAACCUCUUCUGAUCGCUGAAUCACCGGAUCCGGCUGCCCCCCAAACCCCCCUCCGCCCCCGCCCUGCACCCUCCACCCACCGCCCCCACCACGGACCCGGCCACGAUGCUUCAGCAAACGGGGAGAGGGAGCAGGGACCGCCCCCUGCCACCUCCCGGACCCUGCGCUGAUGGGACGGACCCGGAGUGGGGCAGCUCCCACCGACACCCGUGGGUGCUGUGGGACCGUGAGGGUGCAAGGCGGGGGACACCACCCCCACGCUCAGCCAGCGUGCCCCUGGCAGAGCCUUUGGGUCUGGGGGCUCCCGGUGCACUCCAGGGGUGGGGACAGAUGUGGGGCUCCCCACAGCACUGUGGGUGCUCCAGCAUCGCCCCAGGAGACGCCCCCCUCAAUGGUCUGUGCCGCUGGGCUGGGGGCGAGGAAGCACUUUAUGGGGGCGCCUCUGGGGUCCACGGGGUGGGCAGUGCCGGGGAGUCCGGUAUGGAGACGCCCCUUCGUGUGGGGAGGAGUUGAUUUCACCCAGAUCCUGCCUGCUGACAUGGAUUCCCCCCCAGCAGCGCCCUGGCAGGAAGAAGACACCCACCCGCCACCCCCGAAGACUGUGGGGAGUAGAUGCAGGGCUGGGAGGUACAGCACUCGCCUGCAUCGCUGCAGGCGCUGCCAACGGGGACAGGGCGCCAGAACUGCUGCGGGUGAGGCGGCCCCUCGAGGCGGGUGUUGUGGGAUGGACCCCUGGCGCAGCCAGUGGGAUGUCUCGGAGCAGCCAAGACCCCUUGCCAGCAGCAGGCUGGGUGCUCCCACUGACACUGGCUCGGGUGCGGCUGGGACCCCCCGCACAACCCUGUGAGCUCCCAAAGGGUUCCCGAAGCGGGGGGUGCUGCCGGUGGGCCCCUCGUGCCCAGCCACCCACGACACCAGCGCUGCUGUGCUGGUGGGCUUCACGGCAUGGCGAGGAUGCUGGCUGCCCAUCCAUGGAUCCCUGUUCCCCCUGUAUCCCUCCCAGCUCCCCCGAGGUGGGUUCCCCACUUUUCUUUCAUUAUUUGUUUUUUUAACCAUUCUGUAAUUUAUUACCCACGUUUGCAAAUGCCACUAAUCCAAAUUAAACUUAAUUUAUUGACACUGCUGCUGGCCCUCAGCCCUUGUUGCACCCCACCCUCACCAAAGGUUGCAGGGGUGGGCGGGCUGCAUAGUCCCCUUCCCUGACCCCCCUGAAACCCACCAGAACCCCCAAGGUGAUGCCACAGACCCCCAGCACCUUAGGGAUUAUUUAGGGUGCCCCCCACUCAAAGACCCCAAGCAGCUGUAGGAAGCUGAAGGGGAACCCCAUGGGAAGCCCCCUCAAGGGGGGGGAGGAGAGGGGUGCCCCACACAGCCCCCCUGGCCUCUAGGGGCCCUUUGGGGGGUGAUGAUGAAGAGGGUCUUGGGGGCAUUGGGAUGGUGACAAGGAGCAUGGCAGGCUAUUGGGGAUGUGGUCUGAGGUACCCAAGAUGGGCAAGAAGGGGACAAGGGACCUGGUCCCCACCUUGCUGGGACCAGUACAGCCAGCUUGGAGGGGUGACAGCUUAUACUGGGACCCAGUUCUUUCCCCUGGGUUCCCCAUCUUGCCCCCCUCCCCAGACCCUUCCCCGCCUCGCCACGUUGAGAGCUCCACCACACCCAUUGCAUGAACAUGAUAAAAAUCACUCCAGAUUUACCAAACACCUCCAAACACAGGAGCCAGGGGUUUAGUGGGGG